UUGUCACGUGACAAUAAAUAUUGUCAAAACGUUUUUGAAUUGUACUGAAUUUAUAUGAUUUGACAGUCAGGUAUUGAUUGCUUGCAGAUGUUGAUACAACUACUAGGCUUAAAUAUACAUCACACUAACUAGUUAGACAUUAUGAUCUGGACCUUUGCGUCAAGAAAUUUUCUCUUACUGGACCUCUUUAAAUUUUAGUUGAAUACCUCUGCUUGUAGAUUAUUGAUAAACUCACCAAUAUACCUGAAGAAGCUGCUGUUGCCUGGAGUGUCGUUAGGCGUCGCUAUACGCUGACGGUCUGAAAGUAUUUUCACACUUGCAAAUAUACGAAGAAGAAAUCCAUACCACACGUGAUCUAGGGUGGAGUCCUAAACGUCUCAUUCCUGCCUACAGUAGUGCGCUUUACACGUGGUUUACAAUAGAGGCUUGUGCUCCCUUAUGUAGUGCACUUAAUGUCUGAUUACACGCGUUUGGGGAUGUAGACUGGAGUCUGGCAGGAAUCCACAUGAAUAACCUUUAGUUACUGAUGAGGUUAAUAAAUACAAAAUAAAGUAAGUUUAGAUAGUAAGAUAGUUGUGGUGAUGAGUGAUGAGUGAAUGCUGAUAAUAAAACGCAUUAAACUAAGGACAGGUCGUAUAACGUGGCUAGACUCCCAUUCAUGUUAGUGUAUUGACUCAUUCUAUACAGCCAUGUUAGCACCUAAAGCUGUGUUUAUGAGCGUGUUAAAGCACAGAGUGGCUCUAAAGCUGUGGAGGAGAAACGUCACCACCUGGUCACCUGUUGGAGCUGCUUUCAACGCCAAAGCUGUCAGAAGACUGGAUCUGCUUCAACAAAAUGUGGGUUUGUUUGGCGUUCCAGAGUUGAGCUGCACAGAGGGAUUUGAGGUGAUCCAAGAGAAAACUCUGCAGGAGACCGAGCGACUGGUGGAGAAAGCCUGCAGCACACCGCCCGGCCGCGUGACCGUGGAGACCUUCGAUAAACUCUCGGACAGUUUAUGCAGAGUAGCUGAUCUGGCAGACUUUAUCAAAGUGGCCCAUCCUGACCCACAGUACAGAGAAGCAGCAGAGAAAACCUGCAUACAGAUCGGUACCACAGUGGAGAAGCUUAAUACGAAUGUCGAGUUGUGUAAGAGUUUAAAAAAGCUGCUGGAUAACGAAGAUGUGAGGGCCAAACUGGAUCCAGAAACAAGGAGAGUAGCUGAGCUGUUCCUGUUUGACUUUGAGAUCAGUGGGAUUCACCUGGAUGAAAAACAGAGGAAAGAAGCAGUCAAAUUGAAUGUUCGGCUGUUGGAUCUUAAUAAUCAGUUUCUUAUGGGAUGCCACAUGCCAAACCGAAUAGACAUGAAAGCUCUCCCUAAACACAUCAUCCAGCAAUUUACUAAUGAAGGGAAAUACGUCCAGAUUGGAGGACUGCACGCUGAUGCACCUGAUGAUCUGGUACGGGAAGUUGCCUACAGGAUUUUCCUGUACCCAAAUGAAGAAAUGAUGCACACCCUUGAGGAACUGCUGUCUUGUAGAUAUAAACUGGCUAAGUUGGUCGGAUAUGAAUCUUAUGAACACAGGGCUUUAAAAGGAGCGAUGGCCAAAAGCCCAGACACUGUGAUGAAAUUCUUGCAGCUUUUGACAGACAAACUCAAAGACAGGACUGAAAAAGACUUUCAAAUGAUGAGAGACAUGAAGUCCAGAUUCAACCCCAGGAAUACAGACCUUAUGCCAUGGGAUCACCCUUAUCUCAGUGGUGUUGUACGGGCCGAGAGGUUUAACAUUGAGCCGAGCCUAUACAGCCCAUACUUCUCACUUGGAGCCUGUAUGGAAGGUCUGAACAGCCUUUUUACACAGCUCUUUGGUGUGUCGCUUUUGGCUGAACAGCCUAGUGCAGGAGAAGUGUGGAGCGAGGAUGUGCGCAAACUGGCAGUGGUACAUGAAUCUGAAGGAUUGCUGGGAUACAUUUACUGUGACUUCUUCUAUAGGCCAAACAAACCUCAUCAGGACUGCCAUUUUACAGUCCGUGGAGGUCGGCGGAUGGACGAUGGGCAGUACCAGUUGCCGGUGGUGGUGUUGAUGCUGAACUUGCCUCAUCCUACAAAGAGUACACCUACUCUUCUCACACCUGCCAUGAUGGAGAACCUCUUUCAUGAAAUGGGUCACGCCAUGCACUCAAUGCUUGCACGCACACACUACCAGCAUGUGACCGGAACGAGGUGUGCCACUGAUUUCGCUGAGGUGCCUUCUAUUCUAAUGGAGUACUUUGCCACUGAUUACCGUGUGAUCAACCAAUUCGCUCGCCACUAUCAGACAGGACAGCCUUUGCCUGAGAGCAUGGUAUCACGACUUUGUGAAUCCAAGAAAGUCUGUGGUGCUGCUGAUACACAACUUCAGGUUUUCUAUGCAGCCUUGGACCAGGUUUAUCAUGGCAAACCCCAAAAACGGUCAACAACCGAUACCUUGAUAGACGUGCAACAGAAAUACUACGGCUUACCUUAUGUUCCAAACACAGCAUGGCAGCUGAGAUUCAGUCACCUCAUUGGUUAUGGGGCAAAGUACUACUCUUACCUGAUGUCUCGAGCUGUAGCCUCCAUGGUCUGGAGGCAGUGUUUCCAUAAGGACCCCUUAAACAGGGAAACUGGAGAGCGCUACCGCCAAGAGAUGUUGGCUCAUGGGGGAGGGAAGGAGCCUAUGCUGAUGGUGGAAGGCAUGUUGCAGAAAAGCCCAUCCAUCGAGGAUUUUGUCGAUGCCCUCGUCUCUGACCUGGACCCAGAUUUUGAGACGUUCUUCAUGGACUCAGAGGGAUAAAUCACUACCUCUCAAAGCCUCCUCUUAAUAAAGGAAGGUCCUCACCUCAGGCUGUCUAGGGAAGGAGUGAACGGCUAGGGUCACAGCCUUACAUUCUCUAAUACAGCAAGACUGCAGUCCAUUCUGAAAUGAUUGAGGUUACACCGUCCACACUAAGAUCGGUUGCUUCUUGGAAGGUGUUGAAUUUAAAGACCACUAAGAACACAAUUCUAUAGAGUCUUACACUGACAAGCAUACAUUAAGCUGACUAAGCAGAGAUGCCAUUUCAUUUACUAUUUAUGCCAUGUUUAGCAAUACAAAUCUUAGUGUUAAUUGAGGCAGCAAAUAAAAUACAAAACAUGUAGCAUAGCACUAACAUGCCACUGUGCAACAAUUGGCUUUUUUUUUUAUUAGGGCUUUUUAUUACUAGUGUAAAGAAUAUCCAAAGCAGAAUAGCCAUCAGUUUUUCCAACAUUUACCAAAUGGAUAAAACUAUAUGGAGCCCUGAUCAUCACACCGUUAUGUUCUUUGUGAACAUCCUAUUGCAGAUUUAGUUCCCUGCUCCACACUUUUUAUUUGAUUUUGAUGCAUGCUUGUGGGAAUUUCUGUUCAUUCAGCCACAAGCACAUUAGUGAGGUCAGCCACUGAUAUGGGACGAGAAAGCUCGGGAUGCAGUCAGGGUUAGUGGAGUUGAGGUCACAGCUUUGUGCUGGACACUAAAGUUCUUCCACAUCAAUCUUGGCACACCAUGUCUUCCUGGAGCUUGCUUUUGUGCACAGGGCCAUUAUCAUGCUGGAACAUGUUUUGGGUGCCUCAGUUCCAGUAAAUUAAUGCUACAGCAUACAUAGGCAUUCUAUACAAUUGUGUGCUUCCAUCUUUGUGGUUUCAGUUUGGUGAAGACCCACAUAUGGGUCUGAUGGUCUUGUGUCCAAAAAAUGUUUUGCUGUAUAAUUUUUUGCCCUUUUACAUUUGUCUCAAGCACAAAUAAAGGCAUAACCAUUUAAAGUCUAGCUAACCCC